GAAAGUAUAAAUUGUGCUUCCGAGGCGCUGAAGCUGAAGAGCGCUGAAGCUGGUCACGGUUUUCGUCAACCCUGGUUCAUGUCCUCUCUCCCGCAACUCUCCUGCCGGCCAAUUUUUUGAACCUCAUAAGUACGAUGAGACAUAUCCUAGCAGGCUUGGCGCUCUCGAGUACGCUUGUCGCCCAUGCAUGGGCGGGACAACCGACUAAUAUUUAUGGUGUUAAUUUGGGUUCAUGGUUGGUCCUGGAACCAUGGAUGCUUCCUCAAGGCUGGUUGGAUAUGGGUGGAGAGUCAUGUAGUACAAAUUGUUCGACAUGCAUUUCAACCGAGUCGUCAUUUGCAAAGGCCUAUCCCGACACCGUUGACGCUACCUUCGCUGAUCACUGGGACACAUGGUUUACACAGAACGAUGUCGACAAACUGAAGGCGGCCGGUAUCAACACCGUUCGCGUUCCUCUUGGAUAUUGGAUUGUGGAGGCUUUAGUUGAUCGUUCGCACGAAUCAUACCCUCGGGGCGGUCUUAAUUAUUUGCGUCGUGGCUUGGGCUGGUUGCAAGAUGCUGGGAUUCAAGCGAUCCUGGAUCAUCAUGCAUUGCCUGGGGUGCAAACGCCCGGGCAAAUGUUCACCGGAAAUUGCACCAACGAUGUUCAAUUCUAUACUCCAUACAACUAUCACCGUGCUCUCGUGUGGACAGCAGUCAUGACCACGCUUGCUCACCUGGACCCUAACUUUGGAAGUGUAUUUGCGAUCGAGGCAGUCAAUGAACCCAUCAUGAAUGCGGCUGAGACACCCAACUACGGCACCUUCCAAAAGAACUUCGUCCAGACAAUCCGUGCGGUCGAGCUCACACUCGGGAUCCCUGUACCGUCAUCCAGUCUAUCGUUUUCAUUAUCGGUAUCCGUCUCGAACAACUUCACUGCUGCGUUGAACGUGACGUCCACAGCAACCAUCUUCUCGCCGGAGGUGCAGUUGGCACUGGCAGAUGCUGUUCCGAUCCUACUGGAGAUUGGAGUACAAUGCGGCUUGCAGUCCAUAUUCGAGGCGUCGCCCUUCUGGAAGCCCCGUACUUCAUUGGUGGCGAACUUCAUGGACGUGAACUGGCAGUACAACAACCCCGCUAACCCAGCUGACGUCGCGAUUGGUCCCCAAGCUUAUGACAACCACUUGUAUUACUCGUUUGGCGGAGUCGCAGAUGCUAACCCGACGGCAUACUUGACCAGUAUUUGCAAUCUUACACGCAUUCAGAGCGACGCUGCAGUUGGUAACUCUCCCCUCUGGUUUGGAGAGUGGGGACUUUCGACACAGUUCAAUGCCACGGACGACUUCCUCUACCAGUGGGCUGACGCACAGAAAUUGGCCUAUAGUAAAGGUGCUGGAUGGAUUUACUGGAACUUCAAAACUGAGAUAUCGAGUCUCACCAACGGGAAUGCCCUCGCAAGGCAAUGGUCAUACCUUGAGGCAUUGGAACUCGGGUACUUGACUCGGGACCCCGCAGUGCUGCACGAUCCGAAUGUGUGCAAGCCAUACAUCUCGAACAGCACCAGUUCAUGAUGUGCGACGGCGUUCCUGGUAACUUAUCCACUAAGUGAGCGUACCUAUAUCAAUCCCUGUAACAGCCCAUCCACCACUCUCUCAUACCACGUUCCUUCAUCUCCAUUCAUUUAUCACAUUCCUUCGAAGUAUGGCUAUCAAGGUUCAUAUAAUGAUACAUACUUGUUCAUCACACGUCCUUUUUUACUUGUAUUCCUUGGACGAUAAUCUAGAGUUGUUCAUAGUGAUAAACACCCGUUUUUGUUUUGCGCGACAAGGCCGUUCUUUUGGAUCGUAGUUAAAAAUGAAACAGGAGAAAUUUAUCAUCAUCAACUA